AUGUUCACUCAUAUUUUAAUGAAGAAUGAAAUUAAUAAAAUUAUUUAAUUUAAAGGUACUAUUGUAAUUUUUCUCUAACUUCCAACUUCCCGUCUGUGCCCUAAACCUCCCUCUAAACCCUAAAGUCAUUCUCAUUGCUGCAACUGUGUAACACUUCCAAUUCACUACAAGAUUGAAUGGAGCUUCCUAUGGUUAAUGGUGAUACAAUGAAAGAUGAUGAAACUGAAUAUUUGAGUGAGGAAAUAUCACCAUCUGAAUCAGGAUCAGAUGAAGAUGUGAAAUUAUCUGAACCAUCUAAAAAAGCAGUAAAUAACAGAGAUGCUCUAUUGGAUAAACUCGGAGACAUAAGUUGGCCAGAGAAUGUUGAAUGGAGACAUAAACUCUCCAUUGAUAUUGAUCAAGAGCAGGAAGUAGACGUCAACGAUGACUUGGCACGAGAGCUUGCAUUUUACACUCAGGCAUUGGAGGGAACUAGACAGGCCUUUGAGAAACUUCAGUCAAUGGGUCUCCCUUUUCUACGACCUUCAGACUAUUAUGCCGAAAUGGUGAAGGCAGAUAGCCACAUGGAGAAGGUGAAAGGUAGGCUAUUAGAUGAGAAGCGGAAGAUGGAAGAGGCUGAGGAGAGAAGAAAAGCCAGGGAGGCCAAGAGAUUGUCGAAAGAGAUUCAGGCACAGAAAAUGAAAGAAAGGGCCAAGCAGAAAAAGGAGGACAUCGAAUCUGUUAAGAAAUGGAGGAAGCAGAGGCAACAGAGCGGGUUUGCUGACAACGGAAAUGAUGCGGGUAAGGUUUUGGACUUUGAGGAUGGAAAAGUGUUCGAGAGGUCAAAGAAGAAAAGGCCUGGAGUGUCUCCCGGCGAUCGGUCAGGAGGUAAGGCAAAGCAAGCCUUUGGAAAGGGAAAGAAGCAAAUGAAAAGAGAUUCCAAAUUCGGUUUUGGAGGCAAGAAGGGAUUGAAGAAGCAGAAUACUGCUGACACCACUAAUGAUUUUGGUGGAUUCAGUAAAAAGGGCGCUGAUGCUGGAAAUAAGAAGAGAAAGAGGUAAAAUACUAUACUCCUUUGAUUUGUUUUAUGAAGAAGGGAUGCCAUGGAAUGCGCUAUUGGUGUUGUCCUCUGAAUUUUCAUCAGCUCAGAUAGUUCAAUUUCAUAAUCGAACUUAUUGUGACUUUAUAAACUUUAUCAACAAUUAUAAGUCCUUAUGUAUCUACUCCAAUUUUGAUGUUUUGUUAAAUGAUGCGCUAUUGGUGUUUUGUUAAAUGGUCUUUGCUGAGAAGAA